AUGCCUGGUGUUCCCCCCAACGCGUUUGCCAACCUGAAGAAGGGGCUCAAGGCCAUAUUCCGCCGCAAGAAGGAGAAGAAAGAGAAGAAAGAGAAAACUGAAUCCAACCCUCAGGAGACUCCGGCAACCACAGAGGCUCCAGUUACGACCACCACCGCCGCGGCGCCUGCUGCGGAGCCAACUCCAGUUCUGGCCCCGGCUCCUGUCCAGGAGUCCACUGAAGCCACGGCAUCAUCCGAGGUGAAGACCGAGGAGCCCACUGCCCCCACCGAAGUUCCAGAGCCCAAGGUCGAAGCUUCCAAGCCGGAGACUCCUGCGGCCACCGAUUUGCCGGCCACCGCAGCCAAGACUGGUGCGUGA